AUGUCUUUUUCAAACACACGUCGCCUCGCGAGCGCCCUCUUCGCCCUAUGUCUGAGCUCUGUUGCCGUUGAGUCCAGAGGUGUCCCCCAGUCCCUCGCGCAGAGACAGACUGCCACUGGCUUCCAGCUCGCCGCUCAAGGCACCCUCUCUGGCUUUGGUCUCACUUCCGCCUGCGAGACGGUACUCUACCAGACGAUCAACUGCGAUGUCUACGUCCGCAACCUCGGCGAGAAGGUAUACCACGGGACGCCCGGAGAUAAGGCCUUCACGGACACGGUCUGCUCUGCCACUUGUUCGACUGCCUUGUCCACAGCUCGUCGGCGCAUCGCGGGCUCUUGCGCCUCCACGCCUGAGCUGUUCCAGGGAUAUCCGGUGCUGUCUCUCAUCGACUCCGUCACCUCUGGAUGGAACGAGACUUGCUUAAAGGAUACCGACGGUGCAUACUGCAAUGCUAAGAUCGAGGCCUUUGAUGACGUCGAGGACCUCGCUGAUAUGCCCAAGGAUCAGCUUUGCUCCUUCUGUUACGGAGAGAAGCUCCGGCUCAUGCAGCGGUCUCCCUAUUCCGCUUACGAUAGCUUGCACGCCGAGAGGCUGCUUUACAUCAACGAAACAUCUUACCAAGACCCUGUUACAGACUGUGGAGGGGCUACUACACCUACAGAGCCCCAACCACCCGUCAUAAGCCCCAAUGGUACUGUGCCAGAUAGCUGCGUUACGGGAGUCAAAUACACUGUUCAAAACGGCGACACUUGCAACAGCAUUGCAAAGGCAAAAUCCAUCUCUGCGGCAAGUCUGUACUACAUCAACCCAAGUCUCCUAGACUGCGACGCUCCUCAGGCCGGCUUGGAGCUCUGUCUCCCCCUGACUUGCGAAACCACGUACGAGGCCAAGGAGAAAGACGACUGCGUCGCCAUCGGGGUGGACCAGGCGACCACAUGGCAGAACAUCAUCAAGUGGAACGGCGGCCUGAACGACCGGUGCUCCAACAUCUGGUCCUCCAAGACCUCGCCUCCGUACUGGGGCAACAUAAUCUGUGUCAGCGCGCCCGGCGGACUUCCCGACGGUGGCCCUGGUUCCGGUAACGGAACCGACACGGGCAACGGAGGCAUCGGGGGUCCCGGUGGUUCCGGCGAUGGCUACGCUGACACCAGGGUUGACCCGCCUACCACUGGCACAGUCGCUCAGGGUACCACAGAUCUAUGUGGUCAAUACGUCCAGGCCCAGGAGGGUGCGACUUGCUCGACAAUCAUUGCCGGCAAUGCUGUGACUAUCAACCUGUUCCUGAAGGCUAACCCCUCCUUGCGCAAUGCCGAAAGCUGCUCGCAGUACUUGCGCGUUGGGCUUUGGUACUGUCUUCACCCAGUCAGAGACUUUGACCAGACUGCCUGA